GCCGGAGCGCGGCGCCGGGCUCGUCGCUGCCCCUCCCGCCCUCCUCCUCCUCCUCCUCCUCCUCCUCCUCCUCCUUCUUCUCCUCCUCCUCCUUCCCCCCGCCGUCUGCGGUCCUGCCCCUUCCCGCCCGCCGCCCGGCCGUGGCUGACAGGAUAUGUAACAUGACACUGAUAUUCUGGACAGUUUAUCAUAGGAGCCUCUGUGAAGCUGUUUUUUUGAAGUAAUGCCAAUAGAAAGUGGAAGUUGUGCAUCUGCUCGCCAAGCAAAGCAGAAACGUAAAUCGCACAGUCUUUCAAUCCGAAGAACCAACAGUUCCGAGCAAGAACGGGCAGGACUGCAGAGAGACAUGUUGGAAGGGCAGGAUUCUAAACUACCAUCUUCUGUCCGGAAUACACUUCUUGAACUUUUUGGACAAAUAGAGCGGGAGUUUGAAAACCUGUAUAUUGAAAAUUUGGAACUACGUAGAGAGAUUGAUACACUGAAUGAGCGUUUAGCAGCUGAAGGACAGACGAUUGAUGGAGCUGAACUGAGCAAAGGACAACUGAAAACAAAAGCCAGUCAUAGUACCAGUCAGCUUUCUCAGAAAUUAAAGACAACUUACAAGGCAUCUACUAGCAAGAUUGUAUCCAGUUUUAAAACUACAACAUCAAGGGCAAUCUGUCAACUGGUAAAGGAAUAUGUUGGCCACAGGGAUGGUAUUUGGGAUGUCAGUGUCGCGAAAACUCAACCAGUGGUGUUGGGAACUGCAUCUGCUGAUCACACUGCUUUGCUGUGGAGCAUAGAAACAGGGAAGUGCCUCGUCAAGUAUGUAGGGCAUGUUGGAUCAGUAAAUUCCAUAAAGUUUCAUCCAACUGAGCAAGUGGCUCUUACAGCAUCUGGAGACCAGACAGCUCACAUCUGGAGAUACAUAGUGCAGUUGCCUACACCUCAGCCAACUGCAGACUGCAAUCAAAUGUCUGGUGAAGAUGAAGUUGAGUUCUCAGAUAAAGAUGAACCUGAUGGAGAUGGAGAUGGUUCUAGUGAUUGUCCCACUGUCAGAGUCCCAUUAACUUCACUGAAAAGCCAUCAAGGAGUGGUCAUAGCAGCUGACUGGCUUGUUGGGGGGAAGCAAGCUGUGACAGCAUCGUGGGAUAGGACAGCAAAUCUGUAUGAUGUAGAGACUUCCGAACUUGUCCAUUCUCUUACAGGGCAUGACCAAGAGCUAACACAUUGUUGUACACAUCCCACCCAACGUCUUGUGGUGACAUCAUCACGCGAUACAACCUUCCGUCUGUGGGAUUUCAGAGAUCCUUCUAUCCAUUCUGUGAAUGUCUUUCAGGGCCACACAGACACUGUGACAUCUGCAGUUUUCACUGUGGGAGACAAUGUUGUUUCUGGUAGUGAUGACCGUACUGUAAAAGUUUGGGAUUUGAAAAACAUGAGGUCUCCUAUUGCAACAAUCCGUACAGAUUCUGCAGUCAACAGGAUUAACGUAUGUGUUGGCCAAAGAAUUAUCGCCCUUCCACAUGACAACCGACAGGUUAGAUUAUUUGACAUGUCAGGAGUGCGAUUAGCACGUCUCCCUCGCAGUAAUAGACAGGGCCACAGAAGAAUGGUAUGCUGCUCAGCAUGGAGUGAGGACCAUCCAAUAUGUAACCUCUUCACAUGUGGAUUUGAUCGUCAGGCUAUUGGUUGGAACAUCAACAUCCCUGCUUUGUUACAAGAAAAAUGAAAUGCUGGAUAAUUUUUGCAUUUUACGUUGCCAUGGACUUCUACACUUUCGCAGACUUUUCUGAACACUGGUCUGCUGUCGCUGUAAAAGCUCUUCCUUAAGUGGAGACUUUAGCAAAUGUUGUUCUUGUUCCCACAUUGUGCACAGUUUGCAUGAAUUGUACAGAAAAUGUGAUUUUUUUAAAAUUAGUUUGUCUUGUGUAUGAACUUUUAUAUUUUGGCAUCCACUGGUCAAUAUGUUCACUGUUGCAUAGAGCACAUAAAUGUUCAUAAGUUAUUUAGCAUUUAAUAGAUACACAGUAGGGCAUUACAUUUGUGACAUAAAUGUGAAACGUAAUUAACGUAGAGAGUGCAUAGCAGUCUGUUACAUUUUUCCAUGACUCUACAUAUCUGCCUUGUGUUAAAAAGAAUCUGCAGGGCUAAAACUUUGAAAUGAAGUGUGAAUUUCACUAGUUGUAUGAUUGUAAACAUUUUCCUGUUUGCGUCUGAUUUGGAAUACUUUUUUUUAGUGCUGCAGUAUAGUGCAACUUCAACUCCAUUUUUAUUCCAGUUACUGGAGAAAUAGUAGAUUUGAGAAGGAAAAUGCAAGCAACUUGUAGUGAAUAUAGACUGCCAGGUUUAUUUGGAAUGCUUUUUUUGUACUUUUGCUUCUGAAAAAGAAAAAUAUUCAUUCUGCCCUUCGUAUAUAAAGUGAUUCUAAAAUCUCAUGGCAUUUCAUACUAGCAAAAAUCCAGAACAUUAUGAUUCUAAUCACUGAAAUCUAGUCAAGCAAAUUUUGAAGCACUUUAGUUUAUAGCUAUUGUUAUAAACCAUUUAUGAAAGUUUGACUUUACCAGUGAAUGUCAGCUGACCUUUGUAAGAAGGAUUGCUUCUUUUUGGUGAUCUGCCCAGAAAGGAAAUAGUUUUUUUGGGGUUUGGGUUUUUUUUUCAGUAUACCUACAGUGAGCAUACUUUUAAUUGUGUUCACUUCCCAUAUUUUUACUUUGAGCCAGCAAUACAAAGUAAAUGAGUACUACCUCAGAAACGAAUGUUGGUCAAGAUGCAUUGAAUCUCUCUGUAGCCUAGAAAAAAGCACUUUUGGUCUCUGGCUGAAGUACUAUCUCUGACAUGAGAGGAAAGACAAUCAUGCUAAAUGUGAUCCUUGAGAUAAUUAACACUUAAAGCUAAUGGAGCAAUACGAUAAGUAAACAUCAUCUGUCACCUUUCUGUUCUCAGCUGUGGCAAGGGCUGCUGCAGUCCCUAUUCUGUUCCAAAAGGGGGUAAUUAACAUAGGUCUCCCUUCUUUCUCCCAAAUGACCUUACUCUGGUUUUGCUCCUCACUACGCUUAGCCUUUUUUGCACUGGCAGUGGAGUGUUAUACCACAGCUGCUGAUUAUAUAAGUAAAUAUAGGUGGCAGCUGAUGUCUUUGAAAGAACAAAAAGGCUGCUUCAGACAGACACUUCUUUUUAGCUAAAGGGAGAUACUGCCCCUAACUGUCUGACAUAUCACAGUAUAAGAUGAAGGGUGAGGGUAAGCUGAGGGUGCGCUCUUACGAUGGGAAUCAUGGAGUUUAUGGUGAGUUGGCAUAAGAUAAGUAUUAGGAACAUUUUGUCUCAUCAUUAUGAUUUCAUGAAACUAUAGCUGUGCUCAUGUCCUCUACAGCACUGUCUAUAAUGACAUUAAAAUGGAUGUGUUAACUGGUUCUUCUCUUAACUAACAUAAAAUGCCAUUGGAGUGCAAUGGGGUGAUGAAUGCAUCAUUGAAUAAUUGUAGGGUAACUGGGGUCCUAGACAUUGUUUUGGAGCAUAACAUUAAGGAAGCUCAAGGUAUUUAAUGGAGAAUAUAUGUAGUAUCUUUAUAGUACAGGUCAUCAUAGUAGCUUGGUCCCUUGGUGUUUUUUUUCUGGUUUUUGGGUUUUUUUUGAGUUGGGUUGGUUUUUUUUUUUUUUUGAUAUGCAAGAUAUAUACAGAAUUGUACUGAAGUAAUCUUAAAAUACCAAAACUAGUGAGGUUGGAGAAAGCAGCUGCAGAGUUUUAAGUCUUCUGAUAACAAGGGUUAAAGGAUGGUGUCAAAGUUUAUUUUAACUUUUGGGGGGCAGGAGGAGAGUGUUGACUCUUGGGUAAAGCCAUUUGAUGUUGGGUUGCAGGUUUUAUUCUUUAAGAAAAAAGAUUCACUUUUUGUUUUAGUUGGUAAUAGAGAGAACUUUAAACAGGUUGAUGCUGUUUAAAAAAGAGAAAAAUGUCUCUCCAGCCAGUAGAAGCAGUUUUUCCAGCAUGACCUGCAUGUAGUAUCUUGAGCAAUGACUAUCCUUUUAUUACCUGAGGUGGAGGAGAGGGCAACUGGUUUUGGUCCUGCUAAAUUGUCUGUUACAGCUUCUCUAAUACAUAUGUAAUACAGGACCACUAGACUCUAUGCAGUUUAAUCAUCAUUGCUGCAAACUUUUUAUAUCACCAGAGGGACCAUCCUCUGGCACCAGGAAUGGGAUGAUUACACGCUUUCACUUUGAAAAAAAUCAACCAAACAAGGUGCUAGAGCCACGUUCUUAUGAGCAGGCUAAUACUUAAAUCAGCUAAACACUUACCUAUUGCUUAGCUUAAUUUUAUAUACUGUACCGAAGGUUAAGCUGAGGCUGCCAUUCCCCUUGAAGUGAAUCACACAUGAGCAAUGGUAGUGAAUAAUAGUACAUUGACUAAAUAUAUGGAAAACAUUUCAUGGCUUUGAAUGUUCUAAACAGUGUUUUUCAGCACUGAACAAUGUCCAGCAUUUCAUAAAAUGGAGGAGAGUUGCAGUUACAGUUUCAGUAUUGUGCAGAAUUUCAUGGAAAACUCAUCACUGGGCAAAAUCAAGCUUUUAUGUCUUUCAAGCAAUGCACAUCAGUUUUCACAAGGUUUGUGUAUACCUUACAGUCAGAAAGAUCUGGAAUGAAACAUCUUAUUUGUUGCCUAAAUCUGUGAAAACUACCUUUUUGGAAAAAGAAUUUAUAAGUUAUGUGGAACCACUUUUUAUUAUUCUACUAAUUUGUUUUUAGAUGUAAAAUGUUUUUCUUCAUUAUGAUUCAAAAUGCAUUAAAACAUUCAACAAUUUUUUUUUUUUUUGCAAGUUGCUGUUCUUCUGUGUUGUGUUAAGUUUGCUAUUAAUCUUAGUAUUUCAUUUUGUUGGUAGUCAAAGGAUCUUCCUAUCCACUUUCCACUCUUUUCUACUCAAAGUUUGUUUCCAAGGCAUUGGUGGGCACAGUUCUUCUGGAAGAAGGCCAGGUCUCUCCCUUACAGUAGGACCUCUGUAGCACAAAUGGUCAUGCUGCCGGUAAAGUCUAUAGACUGAAAAGGUGUUCAGACCUACAUUUAUACUGUCUUCUCCAGUUCUGUAUGGAAAAAAAAUUGUAAUUACAUUUUGUUAUGCAGAUUAUGCAAAAGUCUCCAUGUGACUUUUCACAGUGCUCUAUAAAUCCAUAUUUUAAAUGAAACCUAAACCAGUUUUUAUACAUUUAGAAUACAGCAAAAGUAUUGCAAAACUUCUCUCGGGGGGAACCCCACCAUCAGUUUUUUCUGUAGGUUAAAAUAAAGGUUGUUUGCUUGUUGCACCCAUAUUAUUCAAAAUGUCAAGCUUUGCAAUGUUGAAAUAAAUCCCCAAAAGCUCGGUGUUGUAGUAAGCCAUGACACUGGGUUUUGGAUGCCUAGGCAGAGUGCUGCCUAGCCAGUACCUGAGUGCAGAACGUUGCUUUAUGCAUACUGUAUUUUCCUUCAGUGUGCUUUAGGAUCCCUUAUUGCCUCAUUCCAAAUCCUCAAGAGCUUGUGCUCUGGAAAACUAUUAUUAAUCAGUGUCUCCGGUGAUAUGGACCAGAAAUAAAAGACCAAAGUUACAAGGUGGCAAAACUGAUGCGAGGGCUUACUUGAGAUAACAUGCCAAAUGCUGUUUAUUAGUUGAUUUUAAUUGAGGGAUUUAAAUCAAGUCAGGGCUUAUUGCAACUGAUUUAAACUUGUGAUGCUUGUAACCUGCUUAAAUCUUUUAAUGACCUAAGUUAUAUACCCUUUACAAAGGCCAUUUCUGUUCAUCUUUUGGGGGGGAGGGGAUUUGAAGAUGACUAUGUGUUGAAGCCUGGAUUUUUUAAAAAUUUUUUUUUUUUUUGAACCUAUGAGUAAAUAAAGUGCACAAAUAAGUGGUUUCA